CUUACUUCAUUAUUCUUUCAUUCAAUUCAAAUCACUCUUUUUCCCUUUUUCUGUUUCUUCUUUCCUUUCUCUCUCAAAAUCUCUCAAAACCCUCAAAAACCAGCAACACUUAACAACCAACAUGAAGACAAAAACCCCAUUGAAGCAGCUCAAGCUCUCUGUUCCAGCUCAAGAAACACCCAUCACCUCAUUCCUGACUGCUAGUGGUACAUUCCAUGAUGGAGAUCUGCUUUUGAAUCAGAAAGGAAUGCGUCUCAUUUCUGAAGAAAAGGAAUCAAGGCCUUCUGAUGCUAAGGAUCUCAAAUUUGACUUCACGUUGGACGACCUUGAGACUGUAAAAGUAAUCGGAAAAGGAAGCGGCGGUGUAGUGCAGCUCGUUCGCCAUAAGUGGGUUGGAAAAUUGUUUGCUUUAAAGGUCAUUCAGAUGAAUAUACAAGAGGAUAUUCGGAAACAGAUUGUUCAGGAACUGAAAAUAAACCAAGCAUCACAGUGUCCACAUGUUGUAGUUUGUUACCAUUCAUUCUAUCAUAAUGGUGUUAUAUCUCUUGUACUGGAAUACAUGGAUCGCGGUUCUCUAGUAGAUAUAAUCAGACAAGUUAAUACAAUUCUGGAACCAUAUCUUGCUGUGGUUUGUAAGCAGGUGUUACAGGGCCUUGUUUACUUGCACAAUGAAAGACAUGUGAUACAUAGAGACAUCAAACCAUCCAAUCUUUUAGUAAAUCACAAAGGGGAAGUGAAGAUUACUGAUUUCGGUGUUAGUGCUAUGCUCGCUAGCUCAAUGGGCCAAAGAGAUACAUUUGUUGGAACUUAUAAUUACAUGUCGCCAGAAAGAAUCAGCGGAAGUACUUACGGUUACAGCUGUGACAUCUGGAGUUUAGGGAUGGUAGUACUCGAGUGUGCCAUAGGACGGUUUCCUUAUAUACAAUCUGAAGAUCAGCAAGCCUGGCCUAGUUUCUAUGAACUUUUGCAAGCAAUUGUCGAAAGUCCACCGCCUUCUGCUCCUCCUGAUCAGUUCUCCCCGGAAUUUUGUUCAUUUGUGUCAUCCUGCAUAAAGAAGGAUCCUCGCGAAAGAUCAACAUCAUUGGAGCUUUUGGAUCAUCCUUUCAUAAAAAAGUUUGAAGAUAAAGAUCUAGAUCUUGGAAUAUUAGUAGGUAGCUUGGAACCUCCUGUAAAUUUUCCCAGAUGAUUUGUUAAGAUAUAUGGUGUAAAAUUUGUACUUUGAAUUUCAUAACUUUUAUGACUUAAGUUUCUCCUUGUCACUAUUACUAUGUUAGAAAGUAGAAAUAUAAAAUAUACUAGCAUGUAUCCUUGUUGAAUUCAUUAUAAUUUUGU